AUGGCGCAGGUGGAGGUAUUGAACGAAGAACUAGAAAAUCUCACCAUGGAAGCAGACCGACUUCUUGGAGAGCUGGAAGCUCCUCUGAAAUCAACUCGCACACUGGGAAUAGAUAAAGAGAAAAUCAAAAACGAUAUCACAAGGAGAGUCGAAGAAUCUCAAGAUUUAUCUGAAAUGAAAAAAGAUCUGGAGGAAGAAGCGCAGCAGCUUAGAGCUGAGUACGCUUCGUGGGAAGAGCGCUACAGGAAAAUCCUUGAUCUUGCGACGAGUGACCGAUAUGCCCCAGUCGAUGCCCUACCGGAUGAUUUUACUAUUCAAUUAAUUAAUCACUAUUCAUAA